CACGUAACAAAUAUAAACCAUACAACAUAAGAUUCACCAAUCACCAAUGAGAAAAAGCGAUCAGAUGGAAUUUGAUUCUCAGAUCCCUCCACUUUUUGACAUUCGAAAACAGAUUCUUCAUCCCAGCAAGGCGCAGGUAAAAUUCUCCAUUUCAUUUAAAAAUUCGUCAAUCAUACUAAUUAAUAGCGUUUGAAUUUCUUAAAUCAAUGUCCAAACUGAGAAAUCCUCCUUUCAGUAGCGAUUUUCGUCUGAUAAGUAUACCUGGAGACGGAAGAUGCUUGUUUCGCUCUGUUGUUCAUGGUGCAUGUUUGAGAGCAGGAACGCCAAUUCCAAAGGAAAAUGCUGCGAAGGAACUUGCUGAUGAUCUCAGAUCCAAGGUUGUGAAGGAGUUGAUCAAGAGAAGGUCCGAAACUGAAUGGUUUCUUGAAGGUGAUUUUGAGACUUAUAUCUCACAUAUGAAACGGUCACAUGUGUGGGGAGGUGAACCGGAACUAUUUAUGUCUUCUCAUGUCCUUCGGGUGCCUAUCAGAGUUUAUAUGAUAGAUAAAAACUCUAAGUCUGUAAAAGUAAUAGCGGAUUAUGGACAAGAGUAUGGGAAGGAAAAUCCAAUUAGUGUUCUUUAUCAUGAUUACGGACACUAUGAUCUUUUGCAUUGAAGAUAGCAAGGUUCGGCGUUGAUUUUUUGAAGUUUAUAUGAAGAAUAUGAAUUAUUACUUUCUGGAAAUAUUGAUUUGGUUAAUCCAAUGGUGAGAGUUUAUGCAAACCCAUUUUAUUUUGACUUUUGAUUUAACCUUUAAAACUUUUAUUUUUGUGGAAACACAUUUCAAAUUUCUUAUCUUCGUUUGAAUAAGCUAAUUGUAAAUUAUCAUUUCCAAAUCUGGAACGAUUAUUAUCAAAUUAAUAUUUUUUUAUGUUAUUGUAAAAAGAGACGAGCGAUUGAUUUUGAAACCUAUGGUCUUAAACCAAAUAGUGAGUUUAUGUGUUAUUUAAACCUAUAUUCUACAUGAAAUGCACUUGAUUUGAUAUCAAUUCCCUGUUAUUUUCAGGCUUAAUUAUAUCUAGCAUACAAAAAUUUAUUUAGUUUCAUUAUAUACAACUAAAUAUAGAUAUGCAUUAUGCAAUUAAUCGGAUGACUGUACACGAUGAAAAUUUAUGCCUCUUUAUUAGUUUGUAUGCUAAUUUCUUAAGUUUAGUUUUUGCGAAUUCAAACGGGUUGUAAUUUCAAAUAGCAAUGUAUGGGUCUUCCAUCUUCAUGCGUCAUAAGCCUACAAUCGAAUAAUGUUAGAGGUGACUAUAUUAACCAAAAAACCAAACAAUAACAAAAUAAAUAGAUAUAAAUGAACCAUUACUAAAAGAUAUGGUGAGGUUUUUAAUUUUGAUUAUCUGAAUAAAUAUGAUUUGGUUAUGGUUUUCAUCUAAAACCGAAUCACUAUAAUCCGAACAGAAC